AAUAAUGCUGAAAAAUAUAAGUGCAUUACAAGAGGUCAUUGAUCCAAGUUUAGAACCAGGUGUAAUAUCACAUAAAAUGAUACAAGAUGCAUUUUUAAAUUUAUAUUAUGGUGAACAGAGACGUUUAAAAGAAUUAGAACCAAUUGAAUAUGAAAAAUUUACAAUAAUGAGAUUAGAAUUUAAAAAUAUUUUACGAAUUGAUCAUUUGUGGAUCUUACCAAAUUUAACAAAAUUAUCAUUAAGCUUUAAUAAAUUGGAACGUAUUGAAAAUAUUGAUACAUUAAUUAAUUUAAAAGAAUUAAAUUUAUCAUUUAAUUAUAUUGAAAAAAUUGAAAAUUUAGAAACAUUAACAAAAUUGGAAUCACUUUCAUUAUUUAAUAAUUUAAUAAUGAAAAUUGAAAAUUUAGAUAAUUUAAAAUGUUUAGAAAUUUUAAGUAUCGGUAAUAAUAAAAUUGAUAGUUCUGAAGGUCUCGAAAGAUUUAGAUUCUUUAAAAAUCUAAAAGUUCUCAAUUUGGAAGGUAAUCCAAUAGCUAAAGAUGAUAAAAAACCAUUAAGAGUAUAUUUGGCCGCAUUACUCCCAAAUUUACAAUAUUAUAAUUACAUUUUUAUAACUGAGAAGGAACGUGAAGAAUGCCUUGAAAAACAUAGACAUGCUAUUGAAUUAAUUGAAACUAAUGAAUCAGAUGAGUUGAUAUUAAUUGCAAAAAAAGAAAAAGAUAUUGCUGAUGAAAUAAGACUUUCAAAAUGUUUUGUUGAAUUUCUAAAUGAACGACAAUUAUUCAAUAGCUUAUGGGAUAAUGAUGAAGAAGCAAUAGAAUUACGUACAAUUAAUCCAGAUGCUAUAGAAUUAAUUAAUAAUUACAAUGAAGAUCUUUUUAAAAUAACCCAAGAAAUUUAUAAAAUUGGUGUUGAAAAAUAUGAUGAACGAAAAGAAGAAAUUGAAACAUUUGAGAAAUAUUUGAAGGAAGGACAAGAAUCAAGUCAAAGGAAAUCAAUAUCAUCUACUGAAGAUUUCCUAGAAGAAAGUGAAGACACAUUCAAUAAUGCUAGAGCAUUAUUUAUAGAAAUUGAAAAAUAUCUUGAACAAGGAUUAGAUGAAAAUUCAAAUCAGAUCGUUGAAACGAAAACAAAAAUUGAUGAAUUGUAUAACAGUUUUAAAAAUAAAUUAGAUAAUUUGUGGGAGAUUUUAAUGGGACAUGAAGUCAAUUUGUAUGAAGCAAUUGAGGAAGUUCUAAAUACAUUCGAUCAAAAUAUUACAAAAAUGUUACAAUCAUUUUUGGAGAGUGUUUUAAAAUUAUUUGUCACAUUACGUGAAAUUUGUAAAAAUUUUAUUAAAAAUUUAUUGGAUGUUGUAACUGCUUAUAUUGAAUAUCAUAUAUCACAUGGUGGUAAUUAUGAUAUUGUACCAAAAUCAUUACAUAAAUAUCUUGAUAAUAAAGAUAAAAUUCCUGAAUUAAUUGAGAGUAUUAAAAGACGGCAUAUUGAUAAAAUAAAUGAACGUGAAGAUCGUUUAAUAACACGUAGUAAAACUUGGGUCAAAGAAUUUGUUUCAGUAAAGAGAGAUGAAGAAUUGGUACGAAAUCGUAAUAAAUUAACAGAAAUUAAUUAUUUUAUGAGUCAAAUGCGUGAAGCUUUUCAUCAUAUUCAAGUUGAAGUUCGUGAAGAAUUAGAAAAUCUUUGA